AUGCUUUCUUCGCAACUCACCUCGGUCUCGCAGACCACGGCAUCUCCUCUGAUCUUAUAUGGAUCGAUUUCCGCUUCUGCCAAGAUACUUCGGUCUGCCGGAUCAACCUCGAACAAUAUCAGGCACAAUCAACAAACUCGAGAAUUUCGAUUGGGUAGUUAUUGGUCUUCAUAUCUUGACCCGGGGUUUGAAAAAGAACUCAAACGCCGUCAUCGAAUUCUGAAAUAUAAAUACCUUGAGGCUUUAGAUCGCAAGUUUGCCUGGGACCAUAAACCUUCGAGCUUUGUGAAGAACUUUGGGAAGAGUUUUGGGUGCAGCGCAUGGAAAGCACAUGAUACAAGACCUGGAGGACGAUGGGUUAAUAUGGAUCGAAUUGUCAAGAGUCGUGACGAAGCAGAGCCAAUUACUAGGGACACUAAGCAUGAUGAAAGAGUUCCAGGCUACAAACACGCCAUGCAUAACUUCAUGCGCAGUAAAACAAUUUACUUUUCUCCUGCUCGCUCCAAGUACACCUUCAAAGCGGAUGUAGAGAACAGAGAUGGUGGUGAGUCGAUCCGCCUAUCACAAGCUGACGAUGCAUAUUGGAUAAAUCUGAGGUCGAAAAACGAGUCGGACAAGGAGGCGAAUAAAGACUACGAGAUAGACCCAAUCACGAAUCGAAAGGUGUUCAAGGAAGAAAAGCCUGUAAAUAUCCCAGUAAAGACAUACAAAGGAUAUCGUCACCGAUUCCAGAACUUAGUACCCCCGGAUGUCAGUGGUAGUCAAGCUGAUAUCGACAACUACAACCAGCCAUUCAUGUACAAUGAGCCUGAUGGAAAGCUUCCUGAAAAGCCCGAUCCGAUACAGGAAGGGUUGAAUGACUAUGAUUCUGUUUCUGAAGGAUACAAACCAUUUCUUUUCCGAGAGCCAGAUGGCAAACUACCCGAGCAGCCUGACUCUGUACGAGAAUCUCUGAAGGAUUAUGAUGGCGAAGGAUACAAACCAUUCUUUCACAAUGAACCAGACGGACAGCCACCACAAAAAUCCGAUCCAAUACAAGAAGGACUUAGAGACUACGAUGAUUGUGCAUCCUAUAAUGCGUUUCGAUACAGAGAACCCGAUGGAAAGCUGCCCGAGAAACCAGACCCCGUACAAGAGUCAUUGAAGGAUUACGAUGAAACCACGACUUACGGAUUUUUCCGUCACAAUGAGCCAGAUGGAAAAUUGCCUGAAAAGCCAGAUACAGUUCAAGAGUCGUUGAAGGAAUAUGAUACAACUACUUCUUAUGGAUCCUUCCGGUAUAACGAACCUGAUGGCAAGCUUCCCGAAAGGCCAGAUUCAGUCCGAGAAAGUCUGAAGGAUUAUGAUAGCCAUACCUCAUAUGGGUCCUUUCGCUACAAUGAGCCAGAUGGAAAAUUUCCCGAGAGUCCCGAUCCGACACGCGAAGCAUUAAAGGAGUAUGAUCAAAAGCAAGCCAGGAUGUCCCAGGAUUCUGGCUCCGACUCCACGGUGCAUGAAAUAAAGCCAUCCGGAAAAGACACGAAUGUUAAAAAUUCGCAAUUUCAAUCAAUUUCGCAUAAAUACCCUGACCCGGAUACCAGAGAAGAUCUUGACCUACUUCGUGCAAGUGACAUUCGCGCUGCUUCGGGAAUUAUCAAGAACCACAAGAAGGAAACUCUUGAAGAAAAGUCCGCGAAGAGAAAGCAAUUGGAGAAAGCGUUUGAGGAAGCGCAUCAAAACGUGGUUGAGUUUGCCAAGGAGAUCGCUGCUGAGCAAAAUAGGCAGGCUAAAACCAAGACCCUUGAAAGUUCAGGCCCUUCAGCUUGCAAAAUAGGGAAAGAUUCUGGUUCCAUUGACCAAAGGGACACAAAAGCUGAUGCAGGACAAUCCGAGAAACAGAAAGUAACAGGAAAUUUUGUUCGGGACUUUCCAGAAGAGUUCCAGAAAUCUUGGACACAACAAGAAAACGGCACAGGAGAACUGACGCCAAAAUCGUCCAAAGAUGCUUGGGGUUAUGACAAGGCGCCUAAAGGACUAGAGCUAUCUUAUUCGGCAGAAGUUGAACAAACUGUCCCAAAGAAUGAAAAGGAAUACAUUGAUGGUCUUGGCUCGAAAGAAGCCUUUUCUCGAAACCCAAACACACCGAGGCUUCAAACAUCCUUAGAUCGAUCUGCAGCAAAAUCAACAUCUCCUCGGGCGGAUUUAACCAAAGCAAAAGCAGAAGUUGAUCCGUAUUCAAAAGUACCUCAAGGCUUGGAGACCUCAUAUGAAGAGGAAUGCGCGAACCAAGGUGAAGGAAACUCAUCUGUAUAUGUUUCAUCGUAUGGAAAGACCGGAAAACAGUCCGGUAAGGACAAAGAGCUAGUUCGUGAGAUCCGAGAUAUCUAUGAAGACGCAUAUGGCAAGAUUGACUCCAAACAUCGCCAGGUACUAGCAAAUGAUGUUAAAGCUAGAAACGUCCCCAAAGAAAACUCCCUGGCCGACCUUGAACCAACUACUUACAAGGUUCUGGCUUAUGACUCGACAAUGCAAUCCAUCAAAAUCGCUGAAACAACAUCAAUCGUGACUGAUACUGCAUCAGCUUUGACUCCUGCUGACGUUCUUCUUCGGUUGUCCAAUCCGGCCAAAUUCUUUCCACACUUCCAGCCAUUACAGGCAGAAGGAUACGAGAUUGUUUCUGGAGGUGGUGACGUUCUUGUUUUCCGAAAAAUUCGACCAGCAAGACGCCUACCAUCGCAAGCCGAUCUAAAGAAUAACACAACCAAUCCGAUAGAUGGUAUGCAAGUAGCAACUGGUAGAUUUGCCAGCCCUACAGGCUUUGUUAACCACGAUUUACCGGUAUCCGCGGAACCAGCAUUUAAAUCGAAUAUUGACGUUCGACGCGAAGAACAUGUCUUCAGUCGGAAAUCCUCCUGGGAAGAUAAGUCCGAAACCGAGCGCAAGAAACCCGGCAAGACCAAGAGAGUGUUGCUAGGUGGAGCAAUCGUCGGCGGUGGCUGCUACGCGAUUGGCGUAGUAACAGAAUUUUUCAAAACUGGGGGUGCAGAUGGGAAGGGACCGCAGGGGUUUUGA